ACCCAUUCUCUUUUGUUUGUUAUUGAAGAGGAAGAACAAUCAGUUUCAACCCCCAAAAACCUGUUCCUUAAUUUGCUUUUUCUUGCUUCUUAACAGCCAAACCCAGGAGAAAGACUUUCCGCUCAUACCCCCCCUUCUUAAUAAUCUCUAGCCUAGCUCCAAACAAAUUAAAAUUCCCACAACAAUUGCAUGUGUCUCUCAUCAUAUCAUCACAUAUCUUUCUCUAAUUAUAUUGUUGUCUCAUACUCCAACAUCAUCCAUCAUCUUCUAUGCUAGCUCCAAAACAUGUCACACACAUACCCUUCUAAUUCCUCCUCUUCAUACUUGAAUAUAGCAUCAACAAGCUCAAGCUCUUGGUCUUGUUCUUCUUCUUCCACUAAUAGCUAGGGAAAAAAAAGCAUGUACUGCAGCAGCAUAAUCAUGGACAAUUACCAAGGUGAUUUAACUGACAUACUCCGAGCAAGUGGUGGAGCAUAUGGUAGCACAGGCACAGGCACAGGAACUUCAUCAUCUGAUCAAUUACAUACCACAUCUCAUCAUCAUCAUCAUUCUUCUUCUCACAUCACCCUCUCUCAUAAUGAUCACUGGCACCACCACCAACACUUCUCUUCUUCUUCUUCUGAUCCUCCCAUCACUUUCUCAUCUUCUUCUUCUGUGCUAAUUCAAGACACAAACUUUGGUGAUCCUUUCUCAACCAUGAGAGAUCCCUUCCUUCAGGAGCUUGACAUGCCUUCAGCUUCUGCCUACUUCACUGGUGGUGCCUUGGAAUUAGAAGCAGCUGCAACUUUUGGUUCUGUUACUAAUAAUACUACUAGUUCUACUACUGCUACUACUGUUUUUGCUACUGCACACAAGAUUCUUGAGGAACAUGACAACAACAACAUGAGAAGGCCUUGCAAAAACAUAUUCUCAAACAUGAUUCAGAUCUCUCCCAAUGCAAAGUUACCAAUCUCACCAUAUGAUUCCACCAACACAGCCAUGGCACCUUCUCCAAGGCCAAUUAAGCCUCCUGCUUUGGUUUCACCCAACAUGGUGAUGAAUGCAAACACCUCCAAGGAAUGCCUUGUAGACACCACAGGAGUGCAGAUCUCAUCUCCACGGAAUCCGGGUCUUAAAAGAAGGAAGAACCAGGCCAAAAAGGUUGUUUGUAUUCCUGCACCAGCAGCUGCAAACAGCAGACAAACUGGAGAGGUAGUUCCGUCUGAUUUGUGGGCUUGGAGAAAAUAUGGUCAGAAACCCAUUAAAGGUUCACCUUAUCCCAGGGGUUAUUACAGAUGCAGUAGCUCAAAGGGUUGUUCUGCGAGGAAGCAAGUUGAGAGGAGCAGGAAUGACCCAAACAUGCUGGUUAUCACAUACACAUCAGAGCACAACCAUCCAUGGCCAACACAAAGAAAUGCUCUGGCUGGUUCAACAAGAUCACAGCCAUCCAAGAACAACAACAAUGCUGCUGCUUCCAAUUCAAAGAAUUCAGAAGGCUCAAACUCCCAAAAGGGCACAGCAACAAAAGCAAAGGAUGAUGAAGAGAGCAACAAUUAUAACAAUAGCAGUGAGGGCAAUGUGUCCCCAGUUGUGGCUGGGAACUCAUCAAACAGUGUGAAGGAAGAGAAUAUGGAAGACAUAGAGAAACAUCAGAUUGAGAUGGAUGAGGGAGAGUUCAGUGAUGGAAUCCCUUAUAAGCCUAGUUUGAUGGAUCAUCAGAGUACUAAUAACCAACAAUCUGAGGACUUCUUUGCUGAGUUGGGAGAAAUAGAAGCUGACCCUUUGGACCUUUUGUUCACACAAGGUUUUGGUGGUGCUGAUGAUCAAAGGGAAUCCAAGGCCUUGGAUCCAUUUCAUCUCUUUGACUGGUCAGGAAACAACAACAACAACAACAACACAAGUAGUUCAUUUGAAGAACCUAACAAUAAGAGAAGGUUAUAACAAGACCUAGAAAAAAAAAGGCAUGCAUCAGCACCUCCCUCACAAAAGACCUUAAUUUUAUGAUCAUGCUUUAAGUUUUAUUUGGUGGUGCAAAUAUCAUUCAAGGUCAUGUUAUGCUCUUUUUUUAUUAUUUGGUUUGAAAUCUGUCUUGUGGGGGAGGGUGUGAGAGAGAUUGAGAUUUCCACUUUUUCUGCUUACAAGUUACUACUACUACCUUACCUUUUUCUUUUUUUCUUGUUAUUUACCAGAACAGUCAGGGAGAUAAAAUUAGUAGAGUGAAAAAAAAGAAAAAGAAAGAGAGUGCUGGUUGAUUGGAAGCAAACUCAAGGAGUCCCACAUUCCUCUUGGAAUAUUGGUGGAUGGGACAGAAAGCUGAGGAACAGAAGGUUGCAACAGUUAAAACAAGUACAUUCACUAUAGACAUGACUCGAAAGCUCAGUGAGUAGAUUGAUGAUGAUAAUGGGAUGGGACUAGCCCUUUCAUCUUUUCAAGUGGAAAAAAUUAUUUAAAAGCCACACCCCUUGGUCAUGUGGGGUUUUCAGUUUUCUACACAAAAAGUGAAAAAAAAGAGAGAUCAAAGAUUUGCUUGCUGAGAUGAAGUUUAUGAAAGAAGACAAGAAUUUAUAGAGGGUUAAAGUUAAGUUUAUAUUAUAUUAUAGAAAAAACAUUAUGCUAAAACUGUAAAAAGUAGUUAUUUAAUUAUAAUUAAUUAAUUUUAAAAAUAAUUAUCUUAAAAUAAUUUAAAUAAUAAUUUAUGAUGAAAUCUAUAAAAUUAUGCAUUAAACUUUUUUUUAUUAUAAUGUACUAUAAUAUAGAGCUUGACUUUUCAUAUCAGUCAUUUCCAGGAUGUGUGACGUGAGAGGGGAAAUGCAUGCUUUGGUUCCUCGGCUUUCUGUUUUUUAUUAUCCACCAACUCAUGUUCAUUGUUCUGAAUGAGAAGAGAUUACUUUAUUAUUAUAUGUUACUUACACUAGUUGUUAAUUACAUUUUGAUUCUAUUGUUUUAUACAUCAUCAUUAAAAAAAUUGGUCAUUUAUAUA